AUGAAUACUAUUGAAACAGAAUUCAGUUUUGACGAAUACAUAAUGCCAACUACUACUGCUGCUGCUGCUUUUUCCACUAUGCACAAAGUGGAAUCAUUUGACGCUCAAUUAUAUCCUUCAGCUUUUGGUUACUAUAACGAUAGUAAUGGAUUUGAUCAUUUAACUCAAACACCCAUUAUCAUGUCCACUGCUCCUGGUUCAUAUAAUAUCUAUCAAUCUACUACCACUCUUCCACAAUCUACUACAGAACUUUCUUCUUCAAACAAUUCUCAGCAAGGUUCCUCUAGUCCUGAAUCUUAUUCUUCUCGACUUUCACCCCCUAUCAUCACUACACCUUUGUUAUCUCCUACUACUGAAAGUCAAGCUACUACUACAACAACAACUAUUACUGAGAAAAUAGCAAAUGUGAACAAACUACCUGAAUCCUUUUUACCAGAGUUUCAUCAAUAUUCAAAAGAAACCUAUGAAAAUGGUAUUUCUAGUAAUAAGAAAAAGCGUAGACGCUCUCAAAAGAGAGUGGAAGAAAAUGACGGAGAACGUAGUUCAGAUGAAGAUGGUAUCAGUGCUCAAGAAGUUCGUCGACAAAUCCAUAUACAAUCAGAACAAAAGCGUCGAGCUCAAAUUAAAGAUGGAUUUGAAGAAUUACGUCAACAUUUACCUGGUUGUAUUAAUAAAAAAAUGAGUAAAGCAGCCCUAUUACAUCGAACUGUUCAGCAUUUACAACAUUUGAAAAAGAAUCAAUCUUCUUUAUUAACUGAAUUAGAACGUAUGAUGAAAGAAAAUGAACAGUUAAGGAAGUUUCAAGACUCUGUUUUACAAAAACAAGCACUUGAAAGAAUGUAUCAAAUCAGUAUGUAA